ACAAUAGCGAUGUAACGUACAACUGAACUGGCGUCAGACUUUUUUUCUUUUUUUCUUUUAUUUAAUUAUUUUAUGCAGGUCACGCCAAAUAUUUUUGUAACUUUUGCCAUUCUGUUUAUUGGCUGGUGUUUUGCUCAAGCCGGAUGGCAGAUUUCACAGAAACACGGAAAACAAAUUCAAACAAAAUCACGCUAUUCAUUCGACGAACUGUCACAGCGCGGGGUGCCGUUGUCUACAUGCCCGGACUGUUAUACUAUAAACUCCAAGCCUAGAUUGCACGUGCGGUACCGCGGAAGUUAUCAACCCAACCCUGACAUCGUCAUAAUAGAAUCUAUACAUGAUAUGAUUAUUGUGAUUGCUUCCCUUGUUAUAGCCACAUCCUGGGUGACCAUUUUCUCCCUCUUUCUUCAUAGUCGAAUUAAUCAAAACGUGAACCAGGGAUUUAACGCCAUGGUGAUGCCCCAAAUAGACCCGCACCAAACUUUCAUAGACGGCAGACGACAGGGGUGAAAUCACAUUAAAUGCACGUCUUCAUCUACAGGAAUUAAUCAAGUAUAAAAAAAGAUUGUUCACGCUUUAACAUCUUUUUGUUUCGCAAUAAAAAAAAUGAAAAACGA